UUCUCUUCAAAGAGAGAUAUUGUUGGAGAAGUGGCGACAUUAAUUUCCGAUUCAUGAACAGCCACAGGGACUGCCGCUGGAGUCGCUCUUCAUGCUCCCAGCGGUGUUCGAAAGCAUCCAUGGAGGAAAUUUUUGUUCUCGCUGUGUGAAUGUUAGGUUGUAAAAAUGGUCUGCUCUCUCUUUUCUUUUCUUUCUUGGUUCUUGAGUGCUUUUUUAUUCGUUGUUAUUCGUGCGAGUUUUCUUUUCUCUUCGAUUGUUUAGAUUGGCGCGUUUUCCCAUGAAUCGCGGGAAACUUUUCGCUCCUGUUUAAAAGAAAAACAAAUGGAUUACUAUUGGGUGAAUGAAUUGUGAUUAUUGUUCUCAACGGGAUAUCGUAAUUUGACGAUUGGAAAUACUAAUUUGUGAAAGAGCAUUGGAUUAUAUUUUUGGUUUAGUAAAACUUUUAAGCUUAAAAAGUUAAAGAAAAUGGAAAACUUUGAAGAACAUCAGCAUAUUAAAGGACGUCAUAUUUGUUUGAAGCAAAGAAAUUUUAAGGUCCGCAUUUCAUGAGUAUGAAUGAAAAAAACAGGCAUGUGUCUGUCCCACAACCUCUACCCCCCAGCUAUGGUCCACCAGUUCCUCCAGUUGGCCCAGGACCAGGUGGGGCACCUGCUGUGGGACAGCAACCUUGGAUGCCUAAUCCUGUCCAUCCAUCACCUUAUCACAUGCCUCAUCAAGGUUUUCCUGCAAAUUAUAAAAAUAAUGCUCCUGUUCGAGCUCCUGGGUAUCCACCACCAAUGCAUCAUGCUGGAUUUAUACAACGUUAUCCUGCAUAUGAUGCACAGUGCCAAAGCUUCCCAUUCGGGAAAAUUCACGAAGGUCCGGUUCGUCCACCCACUCCAUCUGCAUACCCUAUUGUGAGACACUAUAAUUCUCAGCAUCCUUACAGUGAACCCCCUAAGGAUUCGAUGCCAAAAAAUUCACUGGAUGGGUUCCCUCAAAGUAAGAGUCCUGGUCAGAAUGUGUCAGUGAAAGAACAAAAUCAUGUAAAAACUCACGAGAAGAAUGGAAGGGAUGACGUGUUGUCUUCUCCAUCUGAUGGUAAGAGUGAUUCUGAAACUAAUCAUACGACAACAGAAUCGUGUCCUGAUGAUACCAGGUCUCCAACAAGUUGUGAUAAACAGGAACAUUUUUAUGCAGACAAAAGUGAAAGUUCUAUUAAGUCAGUCAGUGAUUCUAACUCUCACAUGGAAAAGUGUAAAACUAAUAAUAACAGUGACACUAAUGAUAGCCAAACAUUUCCUUCCAUAAAUAGCAAUAAUCAAGCCAAAAAAGAUCUAUCACAUGCACCAUAUGAAAUGAGACUUCACGGUGUGCCGUACCAACACAAUGACAAUAUGUAUGGGAUGAUUCCUGAUAGUGAACGGCGAAUGCACAAUAACUUGCACCACAAUCCAAAUAUGAGUAUGAAUUCACAUCAUAUGAGUGAUCCAAUUCAUUUUGGCUAUCGCGGCCAUCCGAGAGGUAGUUUAAAUGAUGUGGAUAAAUACUCUGAUAUGGAUUUCUCAGAAAAGAGCAAUCCUUCUGAAAAUGUCUUCCAAGUUCCUUCCAUAUCUUCAACUACUCCCCCUAAGAUCUUCCCACCCAUCCCACCGUCACCCAUCUCUGAAUCUUGGGAAGAUGCAAAGUAUUAUCAACCCCAAGAAGAUGCGGAUAUCGAAAAAGUCCCAAGAAAAAAGCGGAAACGAUGUGGCGAGUGUCCAGGCUGCUUGCAGAAACAAAAUUGCGGGAGGUGUGGACCUUGCCGGAGUGUAAGGAGUCAUCAGAUUUGCAAAAUGCGUAAAUGUGAGUCGUUGAAGACCAAAAAAGAAAAGGCUGCUGAAGAAGCUUUGAAAUCUGGAAGAAGGGGCAGAGGAGAUAAAGACAGAGAAUUAUUAAAAGAAAGCAGUGAAAACUUAAGAAACUCAACUGGAGAUAUUAGUGGGAAAAUUAAUGGUGGUCCUCAGACCUAUCUUAGUCAAUCUGAUAGUCAAUCCCCUUCUAAUACAACUAUGCAUUUAGGAAACCAAGGAGCCCGCAAUUACAUGGAUCAAUACCAGCCUCAAGGUGGUAAUAAUUAUCAACCUCCAGGCAUGUUAAAUAAUUAUAAUUCAAAUGCAUCUUAUGGAUCCUAUACACCACAAGUGCCACUGCAGGGUCAUCCACAACAGCCUAUGUUUGAAAACCGAGUUGCUGGUAGUAUCGAUGGCUUAAUGGAAAUUGAUGGUACAAGUACAACCCACCGUAUGACCAAUAACCGUCUAAAAAAUUUGAUUCAUAAUCGACAAAAUCAAAGAGAUCAAGGCCAGUUGAUUCCUAUAUCUAAUCCUGUACAUGAUUCAUCUUUUAAUUCUCCUGUUCCUCUGUCUCCUGUGAAUCAACAGCCUUCCUUUACAUCACCAUACCUACCUCCUCUUAAUCAUCAGGAGCCAUUGCAAAACUCCUUGCCAUACACAGGAACUUCAGAUAGUUCAUCAUCUCUAAUGCAUUUGCAGCAGUUGUCACCAAAUUCUAUUGAACCAUCUAAACCUGCUAUACCAAAUAAUCAGAAUGUUCCUUGGCCCGAAACUCCCUCCAGGAACACUUCUAAAACACCUGAAAGCACCUCACCAUUAGUGCAGAAGUCCCCUGUAAAACCAUCACAAAAUGGAGUUGCAGAUGUGACUUCUGAGGUUGCUGCCAAUGAUGGAAAUACUGUAGUAAAUGACAUUAAAGUUAAAAAACCAGAUGAUGACACUCCCAGUAAUAAUUGUGCCUUAGAUACUAGCAGUGAGAAAGUGGAUAGGCAGAACAGCUCUGAUAAUAUCAAUAUAGAAACUGAUAAAACAUCUAACACUGGACCUGUUCAAGAAAAUAAAGUCCCUGCAAAUUGUGAUAAUCCUGCUGAAAGGGGCAUGUUACCUCCUCCACAGUCUCCUACCAGUAUUCCAAGGUAUCCUGUACCCAAUUCUAGUUUUGUGCCUCCUCCAUAUGCAUACAGGCACCUUGCACCACAUCAGACAUUAGCAUCCAAUGUUCCUUUACCACAAGGAUGCAUGCCACCGCCGUCUAUACCUCCUGCGCCAAGUAUUGUGCCACAUUCUUCCAUCAAUGGUGGUAUGCCACACAGUGGCAUGUCUAUGAUUCCUAAUCCUGUGUCAAAUGAAACGAACUGUGAUGAGUCCAAUCAGCCUCAUUUUUUAUGGAAUACGACCACAUCUAUGAAUACAUAUACAAAUAUUACCAGUACAUAUAAUUCUAAACUAUCUUUUUCUAAUGCAACUUGUAUGCCUACUUUCGCGUUAACUAGUGGGAGCAAUAGCGCUCAAACAUAUGCCAGCUCUAACUCUUACUACAAUAGUCAGCAACUACAGCAAUCACAUUUAAAUUAUUCUGAUAAUAUCACUAUGCUUCCAAAAGGGGGAGGCACUUCCAAGUCAUACAUAGAUAGUGGUCGUAUCCAGGACUCGUUCACCCAAUUGGACACCCCUCACAAUUAUGGACAUCAAGACCUCCCCCAUAUACCAAACUCUGUACCUCCUUUUUUAAAUAACUAUUCCAACUAUGCAGUAAAAAGUCAUCCUGGCAGUAAUUGCUCAACUCCUGUGGCAUCUGGGUUUGAAAAUCAAGAAUUAGAUUCUAUUGAUCGAUUGGAAAAAUUAAGAACUAAUGCAAAAAUCGAGCCACCCCAGUGUGAUUGCUUAAAGAACAAAGAUGUAUUACCAUCUGAAAAACUUCCAUAUUAUACACACUUAGGAAGUGGUUCUUCUGUUUCUGCUAUUAGAGAACUUAUUGAAUGCAGAUCUGGAGAAAAAGGAAAUGCAAUCCGAAUAGAAAAAUUGUUGUAUUCUGGAAAAGAAGGCAAAACAUCUCAAGGAUGUCCCCUGGCCAAAUGGGUGAUAAGACGCUCUAGUCCUGAAGAAAAAUAUCUAACAGUCAUUCGGCAUAGGCCAGGACAUACCUGUCGAACAGCUUAUAUUAUCGUGGCUAUGGUGGCCUGGGAAGGUGUUUCACAACAUGUAGCUGAUAUGUUAUACAAAACAGUUGUUUACAAGACUGUGAAUUUUGGAAUACCAACACAGAGGAAAUGUGGAACAAAUGAGAUGAGAACUUGUGCUUGUCAAGGCCUAGAUCCAGAAAGCUGUGGUGCCUCUUUUUCAUUUGGUUGCUCUUGGAGUAUGUAUUAUAAUGGUUGCAAGUUUGCUAGAAGUAAAAAUGCUCGAAAGUUCAAACUUACUGAGAAAGAUGAGGAAAAAGAACUAGAAGAUAAACUUCAAAAUUUAGCAACUGAUGUUUCGCAACUAUAUAGAAGAAUGGCGCCAGAAUCUUUUGAAAAUCAGACUGAAUUUGAAGAUCAGGCUUCUGACUGUCGGUUAGGUAUCAAAAAGGGCCGUCCUUUCUCAGGAGUAACAGCAUGUAUAGACUACUGUGCACACUCUCAUAAAGAUUUACAAAAUAUGAAUAACGGAUGCACUGUGUUGGUUACUCUAACAAAGCAUAGGGGCUGGGAAAAGCCAGAAGAUGAACAACUGCAUGUCCUUCCUCUUUAUGUGAUAGAUAGCACAGAUGAAUUUGGUAGCAAAGAAGGACAAGACAAAAAGAUUGCUUCUGGUGCCCUUGAAGUCCUUCAAAAAUUUCCAGUCGACUUCAGAAUUCGAACAACCCCCUUAAAACCUUGCAAAACAAGAGGUAGGAAACCAAAAGAUGGCUACUCGCCCAGGAAACAGGCAAUUCAAACUGCAUUUCGACAGCUAAUAGCAAGCGGAAAGCUUCGUCGAAUCGAUCCUCCCUACGAUCGCCAGAAGGCAUUGAUGCCUUCUCACCAUUUGACCUCAUCUAUGCAUUGUGAUGGUUUUGUUCAGCCAGAUAGUAGUGCCACAAGCAAAAACAACUUCAUAAAAAACCUUUCUGAUAUCAAUAAUAGAAUGAUUGCUUUUGAACACGUACCAAAAGAGGAAACUGCAUGUAAGUUUUAUGCUGGAAAGCACAUUUCACAUACUAACACUUGUGGUGAUCCUUUUUAUAGUAAUUAUAGUGUAUAUAAUCAGGCCCAGCCUUCUAACCAAAUGAAUACUCUAAAGUGUAAUUUUGAUAAUAACCACAACAUUCCAAUAUCCAAUUCAUAUGCUUCCCCAGUUCCUUCUAAUGUCUCGUCAGCUUCCAAUAACAUCUCUGGGGUAUCUGUGCAUGGUAACAUAAUCAGCGCACCCCAUUCAACUGUUUGUUCUAAGUUACCGUCAGACACAUACGUUACGUCAUCAGUAAAUGCUUCAAAUUGCAAUCAAAGUAUCAAUACUUACUCAUCUAAUAACAAUUGCUCUUCUGUAAAUCAUUCUUUAACACAUGGUACUCCAUAUCCGCCUUAUUACCCAUCAAAUGUUCCUCAAACCUAUAUUCCUCACAGUCAUGAUCCAUAUCAUUCUUACCAUUCAAAUUCACAACCGUGUGAUCCAAAUCACAAUCCUUAUUUUCAGAACAAGUUCUUACCCUGGUAUCAUGGUCAGCAAGUUGGUGGAUAUGUAGGUCACAAUGUACCUUUAAAAAUUCCAGGAAAUUACAAUGCUUCAAGCUCUUACAAUACUAUGAGACUUCCUCAUUCCAAUAAUUAUCAUAACAUGCCUUAUUCUGGAAAAUGUGGAACUUUUAAUUAUGAUUAUUGUGAGUAUUCUAAGCCAGAAAUAUAUAAUGUACCUGAAAAAUCUACAGCUCCAGAAAACCAAAGUAAUUAUAAUAACUUUGAAGCUCAUCAGAAUCAACAUUUUUCACCAUUAAACGUUAAUAACUCUUCAACAUUGACCCCAUUCUCACCUGAUGGUGUCUAUGCCCUUAGGGACAUGGACUCUAAAUCUGUUAAUUGUUUUACUGAUUGCAAGCCAUCAAUAAAUUUGAAUGCUGUCAAAAAAGAAUGUUCUGAGGGAAUGCAACUAACCAAUAAACCUGUUGAUAAUCAAUGCCAAAGAUUAAACCAACCAUAUGAUAACUACAAUUUUAAUGCAAAAAAUUAUAAUUAUCAUCUGCAACAGGUUAAUUUUACACCAGGGUUUAACAACCUUUCAGAUGUUAAUUGCAAUUAUCCUUCAGAAUCCAACAAUAAUGGGAUGAAUGCCAUGAAAGAAGGGUAUGAGAGGGAUGUGAAAGACAACUUCAUGUCACCCAUGUGUGAUGGAAAGGAUUCCAAAUUGAAUAGGCCCUAUUCGGAUACUUCAGAAAUACCUCAUUGUUUUCCUAAUUCGCAACAAAAUAAUUCUUAUCAAAGCACUCAGGAAACUAAUCAUUUAGGAGUUCUAACCUCAAAAUACAGCACAACAAACAUUGACGAUGCAGACAAUUUGGUGGAUUCGACCACCCUGACCAUCGAGGGUGACGAGGUUUACGAAGGUCAUUCCGACAACGAGGGAAGCUUUAAAGAUGCUGAAGUGGGUGGUGUUGCAAUUGCUUUGACGCAUGGAUCUGUAUUAUUUGAAUGUGCCAAACACGAACUUCAUGCCACAACUGCCGUUAAGAAACCCAAUCGUAAACACCCCACUCGUAUCAGUUUGGUUUUCUAUCAGCAUAAGCAAUUAAACGCAGGAAGCCACGGUGAAGCUGAAUGGGACGAGAAGAUGAAAGAAAAGAGGACAGGUGGUGUUAAGAACUUAAAUGUUUCAUUCGAUAUGCCCCAGAAUAAGAAGCAUUGUUUACAAAGUGAGGAUGAAAUAAUGAAAGACAAUGCGCCUAUUGGGCUGCCAUGCACGAAUCCCACAACUAGCUGGGUAACAGUGUUCUCUUUACCCCCACUGACUGUUGGUGCUCCCUACAGGAAUUGAAAAUAAAAAGUUAUUUAAAAAUUAUUUAUAAAUGUUUUGUGUGAUUAAGUGAAACAGUUUUAUACCAUGAAUUAUGAAAUGUUUUGAAUAUUGUAUUUGUGAAAUUUGAUAAACUUGUUAACAUAAAUGUUUUGGAAUGCUAUAAAAAUUUGAUUUGGAGUGUAUUUGCAAUACUUUCCCAACUGUAAAUUCCAUCUUUUAUUAAGCACUUUUAAUCAGUGUUUCCAAAGGCUUUCUCACCUCAACUGUUUGGGUAAUUAAGAGGGACCUGGUAUGUAACGCUGAAAAUAUUACCACCGUCAUGAAAUUUGUCUUAAAUUUGUGCAGCCGUAGCCUUCAUGUUCGAGAAUUGGCUGUUGCACGAAUGCUGUUUUUUUAAUUAUUUUUUUAAUAAAUAAUUAUACCUUAUAAGUGGUUAAACACAUCUUCCAGCUAAGGUUCUUUAGAGAUUUUUUUCAUUUUUCUAGUCAGACUUAGUUAUUUACUUGGUUUAAUUUUGUUAUCUUCAAGAUAUAAUAUUGUUUAAAUUUGGCUCAGCAUGAAUGAUUCUGGCAUCUGUGCUAUUAAAUUUUAUAUUCAACGUAAUUGCUUUUCUAAUUUAACUUUUUACUGGGCCACUUUUUAAAAGUUUACUUUACAAAAUGUGCUUGAAUAAAUAAAAAUACACUCCAUUCAAAUUUUUGUGUUUUAUUUUUUAAGUUAGUAAUAAAAAGAAAUCAGUUACUCAAUAUUUUUCAUUUUCUAAGUUCAAUAACUUUUUAUAUUGUUACUUUUAAUAAUCUGUGUAAUAGAAAUCUGAUGCAAUAAGCUAGCUUCCAUAAACAGAAACAAAAGGUGAUAAAUGCUUGCACAUACACUCUUAUGGAACCAUGUACACAAUUAUGAACUAUCUAUGCAAGAAUUUAUGUAUUUUACUGGCAAAAGUCUUUGAUAGACAAACGUAGAAAUGAAUUCUACUCCCAAAUACUGUAAAACUCCAGUGCCUAAAGUAAAGAAAAAAAAUGAAAAAACAUUUUAUAUUGUAUAUUUGAAACUGGACUGACAUUUUAUAUUUUUUAAACUAGGUAUUGUACAGUUAAAAAUCUAAAAAUAAAAAUCCAGCCUAUUUUUAUUAAAGAAAAAUAGUAGGAGGUUGUAUUUUACUCUGAAGGAUCAUUGUAAAUGUGUUUUCCUGCCUAUAAACCUUACAUGCAGCUGAUAACUCAGUAUUACCUCCAUUUGCGAUAGUUUACAAUAGAGGUGACCUUCUAUGCAGUUUUACUUUAAAAUAACAUUUUGCAAUACAUUUAUAUAUAUAUAUGAAAUCACUAGCUUUGAAAUGCUAUGGCUUGCAAAGCAAGUUUGUAUUUUAUUACUGAAAUUUGCUGUUAACUUACCAUUUUAAAUGGUUCGUUAAUACUUAAAAAUGCAUAUAAUUUAACCAGGCAAUAAAAAAAAAAACUUGUGUCAUUAGUAAUAAAAAGAUGUGGCCUUGUUAAAAAAAUUAUUUUUUAUAAUUUUUAAUGCACUUUUUGUUUACAUAUUUUAUGUAUUUUUUCACAAUUUUAUGAAAAUAAGACUAAUACAAAUAAUUAAUCUCGUACUAUCCUGUUAUGAUCAAGUAUAAAAUUUUAUUUAAUCUCAUGGAAUGUAACUUUAACUUAACUGGAAUUUUUUUUUACUCUUUGUAUAUAUAUUUCAUUAUACAUAUAUUUAGUUCGAUUGUGAUUGAAUUUAGUUUCUCUUAAUAAGCAGUUGAGUUUUUGAAUUAUUAAUUUGUGAAAAUUUAUUUUAUCAUAUUACCCAUUUAAAUCUUUUUAGUUGCUUAUAUAACUUUUUCGAAAGCAUAAGAGUCAAAUUAAAAAAAAAAAAAACUAACCUCAACUUUGUGCUGCAUGAUCAUUUGUAUUACACAUUCAUUUCAAAUAGAAAUGCAUUUUUUUUCCUAUAUGAUUUCAAGGAUUAUUUUUUUUGUCUCUUUUUUUUUUAAAGGAAAUAGCAAAAUAUCUUCUAAUUAAGAUCGAGAACUAUUUUCAUCCUCUUACAAUUUGGAAUCUCCAUAUUAUUUACUUAUAGGCUUUGGUUGAUUAAUAUUGGCUCAUAAAUAAAAAAAGUAUUGUUUGUGAGUGUGAUAAUUUUUUUCUUUUAUGUAAAUAAAAAAAGGAAUCUUAAAUCUUUUUUUUAUUCGAAUAAGGGUUAUUCAUUUCUAUCAUUUUUAAUGAAAGAAUUAUAUUCUUUCAAGCACAAUUUUAUGAACAAAUUAACUUCUCUUUAUCUAUUUGCAUUGUACUAUACAUAUUUUAUUUAUUUUGCUAAUUAAAUAACAAUUGGCGCUUGCUUUUCAAAACAAUGAAAUAUUAGAAAAACUACCUCUUUUGAUGCCAUUUAUUUUUAUUCAACUACUUACAAGUCAUUAUUUUUACUGCACUGCCAUUUACCUAAUAUCAACAAUAAUUUUAUGAAUAUACCAUUCUCAUAACUCCAUUGACAUAUAUUUAAUGGUUUCAUUUGUUUUUAAUAUAAAAAUAAAAACAUUUUAUUUCACUUGUACAUUUCAACCAUUUGACUUUUAACUAUUUUUGUAAAAGACAUUGUAAAUAUUACGCCAUAAUGUCAGGUGAGACAUUGUAAACAGAAUCCCAGCGAAAAUCCUCAGCAUCAUGAGCUAAAGAUUUAUUUAAAGUCAUCUAGAUGAAAUACUCGACAAUGCAGUUAUCGUGAAUGAAUCAUGUAGCUGUUUACAUUUUAAACAUUUGUAUGUGAUGUAGUGCGUCUUAAGUAGUGUCACUUGUAUUGUAACAUGUUUGUCAGUUUUUACUAUUCUAUGUAGCUGCAAAUUAUAUGUAUUAAAUUAUUUUUGAGCUUCAA